AUGAGCAAAAAGCACAAAGACUUAGAUAUCAUUUUGGGUCUUGAUCGCAACGAUUUUGACAUUGCGCACGUUGAAAAUGACAUUUCUCCUGAAGGAGAUUCAUGUGUGGCAAAAAUCGCAGAGUAUUUAAGCAAUAAAGAAUUUGAUGAGAGCAUCCAAGAAGAAAGCCAAGAAUCUGAUACAGUUCCAGCUCCUACUGCAAAUGCUCAUAAAAAGAUAAAGAAGACCAAGAAAAAGCUGAUCACGCCUAAAAGCAGUUUUAAAGCUACAAGCAACCAUGACAUAAGCAAAUCUCCAUCAAUGCAAAGCGUAAGUGCCAAUGAAGAUGUAGCGCUGCUGACACAUAGAACUUCUCAUGAUGCCAUAAAAUCAAUAUAUUCGCUUGUUACCUCAAAAAUGCCGUUUUCGAAUAGCUCGAGUGUAGAUUUUUCAAAAAAUGAUAAAAGAGAUAUACAAAUUUAUUUUCAAACCAAAACCAAAGAAUUUCAAGAUACCCUUAUACAGAAAUUAAGAAAUAAUGUGUGAAGUUAACGUAUGAAGGACUCCAAGGCACACUCUCUAUGAAGCAGGCAGGACCUAUAUGAUGAAGCUGAAAACAGUGCCCCUGUCACUUUCGAGGAGGCCUUCAGGUAGAUGAUGCUACCGAAGAGGGAAAUUCUAUUUUCUCCUGCUUAUAACUAGCUUAAUUUUUGACUAAACUCUACUUAACUUAUACAGGAAUUAGGAAGAAGACCGCUCACACCUUAUGAAAUAAGCAAAAAAGAAAAACUGCAAAAAUGAAAUAAUAAACUGGAUAAAAAAAGAGAAGAAAUUUUAGCGAAAAAGCAGCAGGAGGAAAUUGAAAGAGUUUGCAAAUCGAAUGAAGUCACAAAAAUGAGGCUUCAAGAAAAAAUUGAGGCUCAGACACAGCGAGCUGUUAGAAACAUUAAAAGAAAUCUGAAAAUUGAGAGAAAAAAGAAAAAAAGUGAAGCCAAAAGUAUACACAAACAAGAAAAAGGCCUGAUUUUAGAAAAUAUUAGAAAUUUUUAUAGAGAUAGAAUAAGUUUAUUGAAAGAGAAAAUUGAAAGCGAAAAAAUAGAGAAAAAAGUUGUGGAAUUUGAGCAGAAAAAGGUAUAAAAUAAUUAGAUCUUAUCAGAAGCAGUUAGAGAGAGAAGAAUGAGAAGAAAACAGUACAUCGAAGAAGCAAAAUCCAUAUUAGAAAAAGAAACAGAAAAGCUUCAGUCCGAUUUAUUAGAUUCUACUUUGUGUUUAGAAGAAAAACUGUUGAAGAUUUAUCGAGGAUAUGUAAAAUAA